UCAACCCCCACCUAUCGCUUCUUCCCUUCUUCGCUUCCUACCUUCCAUACCCAAUAUAUCUUCCCUCCCACCCUCAUUACCCAAUUACGUACUCUCAACUCAUCUUCUUUGGCCUCUCAAGUCAUCUUCCCAACCAACUCUAUCCAAUGCAAACCCACGACUCCUUGCCCGGAUCCACUAGCCACGACUCCAAUUUUGUCUUUUUGGAAUCCAUUCGCCGUCACUUGCUCGGUGAGUCCAACGCUGCUCCGGCUGCUAUAUCCAGUAACACCCCUGUUUACUCUCGGAGCUCCAGUUUCAACAGAAUGGACGCGUGUCUGAAUGAUCACUGGGGCGAAUUGCCUCUCAGACAGGACGAUCCCGAAGACAUGCUACUCUACGGUGUACUCCGGGACGCAGUCCGAGUGGGAUGGGCCCCAACCAUGAACGUCAGCUCACCAGAAAGCGUCUGCUCGGGUUUGCAAUCCGCCAUUACAGUGAAACCAGAGCCGGCUGUGGUAGAGACGGCGGCGGCCCCACAAGAGAAGGCGAAGGAGAAGGCAAGGCAUUACCGAGGCGUGCGUAAGCGGCCGUGGGGGAAGUUCGCGGCGGAGAUACGAGACCCGGCUAAGAAUGGAGCUCGGGUAUGGCUGGGUACAUUUGAGACGGCAGAGGAUGCCGCUCUGGCAUAUGACCGAGCCGCUUACAGGAUGCGGGGCUCGCGGGCGCUUCUUAAUUUUCCGCUUAGGGUGAACUCGGGGGAACCGGAGCCCGUGAGAGUGAGGGCGAAGCGGUCUUUAUCGGAGGCAACGUCGUCGGGUUCGGAGACUGGGAAGCGAAAAGAGAAGGCGGCGAGAAGGGGAGUUGGCAGCGAAGCGGCAUCUUGUACGAAUGAUUUCAUGCCCACACGUCCACGUGGCUCUGAUUUCUCCUUCUGUGAGUUACGUUAGAUGCCAGGUAAUAGUGGGAUUUUCUGCAUCAUGCACUUACAAAGAGGGAAAUGUAGAUGUGGUUGUAUUCAAUCAAUUCAAUUCAAGAAUGACGUUUCAUAUCUUCAGUUCGUAGUGCAAAUUAACG